AAAAAAAGAGGAAGAAUUCCUCAGCCACGGACACGAAGAAGCCAUCUGGCGCAAAUCAGAUGAAACUGUGGCCCUGUGUUUUAUUCUCCCAAAGAGCAGUUGGUGCAGAAACCGGAGCCGGAAGUGAGGUUUCAAAUACAGCUCCAGGACCGCGUUGGAUGCCUGUUUGAUACAGAGAUGAGCGGUGAGAACGUGAAGUUGUUUGUCGGGAACCUUCCUUUAGAUGCAACUCACGACGAGUUAACGAAGCUGUUUUGUCCUUAUGGAGAGAUCAACACCUGCUCUUUGCUCAGGCAGUAUGCCUUCGUCACGCUGAAAGGCGAGGGGGCAGCAGACAGGGCCAUCCGACAUCUCGAUGGCAAAGAGUACAGAGGCAGGCCUUUGGUGGUUGAGGAGUCACGUGCGCGCCCACCCAACUCCACCAAAGUGUUUGUGGGGAAUCUCGCUGCAACAUGUUCAGCGGAUGACCUGCACGGGUUGUUCUCAACCUUUGGAAGAGUUUUAGACUGUGACAAAGUCAAAGCCAGAUUAUGCUCAAAUGUUGGCUAUGCGUUUGUGCAUAUGGAGAGGAAGGAGGAGGCCCUGGUCGCCAUUGACGCACUCAACGGGACCAUGUACAAGGGCCGCCAGUUGGCCGUAGAGCUCUCCAAGGCCCAACCUUUGAUCAACCAGAUUGCAAUGGCUGGUAAUUUAAACAAUCCCGGUGGUGGAUCAGCAGGAGGCAGGGAGGGACUUCUUCCGCGACCACCUCCAUCACUAGAGCACCAUCAGAGUCAAGCAGCUGUGCUGGCAGCAGCUGCAGCAGCUGCGGCUGGACUACCCAUACAAGUUCAACAAAGUGUCCAUAAUUCCUUCUACAACACCACAUCUUUUGACCCCACUUACGCUGCUUUAAAGGGCAUUACAAGCGCUAAAGGUGCAGAUGGGGUGAUAUAUGGUGCUCUAGCUAGCCAGGUAUAUGGAUCUGUUGCCGACCAGGUGUACCAAGAUAUGGCCAAUCACAAUCCUGCAACUGUCACCGCGGUUGAAGAAGUAGAGCCACAAGGUGGACCAGAUCCAACGACGCUUUUCGAGGCAGCAAGAGCAAAGUUCUUUCAGGAGGGACAGAAGGUUCUGGCGGAGCAACAGGCAGGGAGAAAAGCGGCAUCUGCAGAGAGUGAGCGAGACCGCAGCCCAAUCAGAGGAAAUCGGGUCCCCCUCCUCCCCGACCCCGUUCCAGGUUCCUUCGGUCAGAUACGACCUAAACGCCGCGCCCUUCUGCCGACGCCCCCUGGAAUACCUGAAGAGUCCCAAGUUGCUGACACAACACCUGAAGGGUCAGACCCUGUUGCUAGGUCGUACACAGAGUACUACCAGCAAAUGCAUCAAUACCAACAGUAUCAACAAUACCAGCAGCAGUACCAGUACCUCCAGUAUGCCUACACCAAUCCUCCUCCUCCUCCGCCGCCCCCACCAUCCACCACACAGGCCCAGGCCUCCUCCACCGCGCCCCCGGGGACGUACUCGGCGCCCCCAACGUACGCAGCGACAGGAGCCUACGCGCCGCCUGGAACAUACGACACCUCUGGAAGUUACGCCUCAGCCGGGAGCUACAAUGCUUCAUCUGGGAACUACGAUACCUCGUCAGGAGGCUAUGACGCACCUGGAAGCUAUGGGGCACCCGGAGCAUAUGAUUCAUCGGGAGCUUACGCAGCAGCGGGAAGCUACUCCGCAUCCACACCGUAUGAGCAGACACCCGCACACGGGCAACCCAUGCCUCAGCGCCAUGAUUACCCUUACCACACGCCAGAACCCCCUUAUCGAUAGUCCCAAGCCCGCCACCCAACCCCACACACACACACACACACACUCCUCCGACACUGCAGAUGUGUGUGUGUGCAUGUUUAUUUUACAUAAGGGACAGUGUAAAACCAGAGAGGGAGCAAGGUCAUACUUUCGAAUGUAAUUCAAAUCGGACGCAUUUUCCCCUUUCUUCAUCCAUAAAACUAGUUUCUAACUAGCUUUCCUCUUGAAACGUGUGGCAUGGUGAGACAGCUGAUUUUGUAAUAUUUUCAAACGUCAGUUUCUGUUCGAUGAUGAGAGACACAGCUCUUUCCCCAUUGGUUGUUCAAAGAGGCUUAAAUGUUUCUUAGGACAAAGUUGUACUCGGUGGCCAGGGUUUGAUGUUGCAGGAGAAGCUUAUUGUUCUUACAGAAUUGAGGCCUUUUAUAUACUUUACGUGAACAUUGCAUGUUUCCCGGGGACCUCUUCAUAAGCAGUCCCAAAAUAAGUUUGUUCAUCUGGCGUUGGAAAAUGGGGCACUGAAUGUCACACACCGAUAAAAGUGUCAAUCUGAUCGCUUUACAAGAUGCUUUAAACCUGAAGUCGUUUCUGUUUGCAUAGGAACAUCCUGAGUGGAGUAUGUAACAGGCCUCCUUUAUAAUUCAGCUGCAUUGACCCUCUUCUAGCAGCCCGUCUGUUCGUCCAGACUUUCGACUGCCUGAUUGGUCGUUCACCACUUGAAGAAGUAAAACACAGCGGUGGCUCUUUGGAGAGUUUUUUUUUUUGGUUGCCUUUAGUAAGAAAGAAGAAAGAAACUUCUUUUUGUAAAGCAGAGAAUGUUUGUCAAUUGACUGGCUUGUUACAUGUCUAUGGCUGACUUCACUGGAUGACUCACUCAACGUGAUUCAUGUAUCAUUUUUGUCCUCCGUUUCGGGUCAUGGUGAUCUUUUGAUAUGUCAAAGGAAUAGACGGAUAAUCGUUAAAGACACUUCUUGAAUUGAAUGUUUCAGUCUCUUCGGUCUGGUUGAAACCGGAUUAAAUCUCGGUGAUGUCCAGAUUGAAGUUAUCCAAAGGCUGGCGGUUAUUUCAGAGUCAAUUUGUAGUCACACUGACCUUUUAAACAAAAUAUCAUCCGUCUGAUGCAAAUGUUAAGGUUCAUAGUCUGAAGUCAUAGCAAGGUGUGAAAAUGGCUCGCAGAACAUUCAGCAGUUGAAGUUAAUUUACUUGACCUGUUCAAGUAAUGGUGUAUGUUGUUCUGUUGGAGCGGUUUCCCUUCAAUUAUCUGGAGUUUUGUGAUUUAGCCUGGCCUCUUUGUAUUUCUUAAGAUAUACUUAAACUCAGGAGUAAAAUAUUUUGGGCUCAAGUUGUGGUUUCACUCAAACAGAAAUGUUCUAGUCAUUACAUUUAAAUUUUUGUGUUUGAGUUUGUGAGACAACCCUGAAGUCUGAUGGUUAUCCGGUCAUACUUGGACCAAUCCACAAUGACCUGAAUGUUGUUUUUGAGCUGGCAAUAGCUAAGAGUGCAUUUCUUCUUCUCAGUGCAGUGGUGCGUUGCUGGUGUGAACAGCCUAGGAUUGUGUCCGAGUGGAUAUGAGGCAGUACUCUUGGUGCCACAGGUGAAUGCAAGGGUUGUUUUAGGUUUAGUGAAGGCAGGGGAUUUUUCAGAGUAGCCACGGGGAAGGGCCGAUGGCCUUUUCCCUUUUCGGAUCUCUCCAGAAUUACAUUCCUUAUUUGGACACUGGGAUUACAGGCGUUAUCCGCAUUCACACCGCACCUCGACUUCUCCACACCCAUAAUUCUGAUGCAUUUUAGCCAGAUCUUUUGCAUUUUACUCAUGUAAAGCAGGCUACACGUGCAAAUGAUACUAAUGCACACCUAACUCCACCAGUAUUGAAUGACUUAAAGUAGACAUUCCGUUCCUUACUUACUCCUCUUUAUUUCUAAUUGGCCCCCUGAGUUGAUAGUGCUGUGUUAGGUUUAAGUGACACAUAGCCGCUCCAAAUUUCUACAUUAUUCCAGCAUCUCCAUUUGAACUGUUAGUUGCAUGCCUUGUUGUUGCUGCUGCUCCAGCCACCUUCUUCCUCUUGCUGAUUAUUGCAGCUAGAGUGGGAGGGAGCCAAACUGAGCCCUUGCCCUGGACGUACGCCACACGCAGCUGUAGCGUGGGAUGGGGAAAACAGCAGCGUUAGGCCUGAAACUGCUGUGGACGAUGGGGUGUCCCCCCACUAAGGUAAACACUCAGACCACACACUCCCGCCCCUCCCAGAGAACAUCCGUACACACUCUCAAACACAAUCAUACACGCACCUGUGCCCAUUUGUCCUGUCGUCGGGGAUUUCCUUUUUCUUAUUUUUGGAUAUGAAUAUAAUUUUUUUUUUUUUUUUGAGGGGUAAUAAACCUUUUCCUGCUUUUUAUUUUCCUGGUCUUAUCCCCUCCAUCAACUCCCCCCCCCCCCAAAAAAAAAAACCAUCCUCUGCUCGAACAUUCCUGCUCCCAACAUGCUGACUGCUCACACAGACAGCAGAUUGAGGCCCUUAUGUCGUCUUUUAGUCGAAAUCUGAAACCGCACGAUGUUAGUUUACCCGUAUCGAACAGUCUGUCAGGAGUACCAGGCCAUCACAGCCAGAGCUGGACGUGGACAUUUAGGUAGGAUGGGUUGUGUUAGUUUUUGUAAAUGUGCCCCUGGGGCCACUUUGGGAUAAAGUGCCUUGCGUAAGAGCACGUCGGUAGGCCCUUCAUUUCAUAGUUGAAUAACCUGGCUGAGGAUCGGUUGCUGAUUCAACGCUCGACUCCCCUUCUCCCAAAACAACGGUUUUUGAUGCCACGUUCAACUUGUAUAAAUGACUAUAAACACAAAUAUUAUCAUUUUGUUUUAAAUUACAUUUUGUCCUUUGUUCUUUGAAAUGUUUAAUUAUCAAUAAAUGAAUUUGAAUUGA